UUGGUACUUAUAUAUAGGAACAUUGUACGCUGUGCAUACAAAGUUCUACUGUUAGAGAACGACUGGAUUUGGGUUGGAUUGAGCACAAGACCACCGCAGAAGACAUGAAAAAAGGAAAUUGGGCAGAAAAAAAGGAAAUGAAAUGAUAUCAUGACUCCAUCGAUUUAUAUUACAAAGAGCAGUCAUAGACCUCUAAUAACAAACAGUACUGCCCAGUACAGCAGGAUUCAAGGGUUGGGACAGUCAAAAUGAAGAGUUCAAAUCCCCAUCCAGCAACAGUGGGGAACUUGGAGCCAGUUUGUGAGGCAGGGCCCAGUGACAAGUACCCAGAGGAUUCAGUACAUUGGGGCUAUGAAGACCUAAACCCUUCGGACUCUAGCUCUUCCUGCAUGACUACCAAGGAGCUUCAGCAGUACUGGAGAGCGGAGAAGCAGAGACUGAGACCAAUCAAGCUACUUUUUGAGAUUCCUUUGGCACGCACUAUAGAUCAGACCUUAACUAAAUAUGUGGUGUACCAGAUCGUGGUGAUCCGCUCAGGUAGCUACGAUUCGCAACGAGUGUCUGUGGAACGUCGUUAUAGCGACUUCGCUCGCUUUCACCACCAACUUCUACAGAAUUUCAACGAGGAGCUCGAGGAUGUCAAACUUCCUCGGAAAUUUCUAACCGGUAACUUCAACCCAGAUUGUAUAUUGGAACGUCGUCUGGCACUCCAGGACUACCUAGGCCAGCUCUAUGCCAUUCGCUGUGUCCGACAGUGCCGCCAAUUUCUGGAUUUCUUUACGGAGCCCGAGCAGAUACGUGCAUAUGGGCUUCUACGCUCGGGCCAGUUUCAGAUGGCAUUGGAGUUGCUACAUGUGGUAUUGGACCUUCAGGAAAAGUUGGCACAGUGGUAUAACCCAGUCCAGCUGGUGCCUACACAGUGUGCCCUUGCUGUAUGCCAUCGGGACCUCGACGAACAAGUGAUAGCGUUCGCCAUGGGUCAAAGAGCUCUGCCUGCAGUGAGGCGUUAUGGGAUAAGACGCUAUAGAGGACCGCUUUUGGCUAUGCUGGUUGAUUUGGGGUAUCAGUUGGGUCGACCUGUGGCACAGUUGCAGGAAGAGUUGACCCAAGUCAAGGAUGCAGAAAGAGGACAGGUGUCAUUCCGCUCCUUGAAAGAGGUAGUGGUGCAGGAAUUCAUCUAAAUGAGAUAUGUUGUGCUUGCCAUAAUGAUCGCAUGGAGCUUCAAUUUGGUCUCUACACUCUAAAAUGACUGUCUAAAUGCAUGGCUUUCAUAAAAGUUACAAUGAGGUUGUUUUCCAUUUUUUCAUUUAAGGCUUUAAGUGGUUUCAACAGUUUGGAAUGACAGUAGUUCUAAUAAAAAAUGUCUAAAGAUGUUAUGGUAUUUUUAAAAUUUUAUCAAUCUACUGUGUCAAUUGUUUGUCACAGCAGGUCUGAAAUAUGAAAUGCAAUAAUUGAAAGCAUAAAAUAUUGUUUAUUUAAAAGACUCUUCUGACUCCCAAACAUGACAUUUGGAAA